AUGGGUCUCCCUUCUCAAUCCACGGGCUCCAGCCGCCAAAGGUCAUAUGCAUAUCCGCCACCGGCCAGAGGCGUCAGCAGACUCUGGGCGUGGAUCCCCGACUCGUGGGCAUGUCGCCUGUUCCUGCUCAUCACGCUCGCAGAAGCAUCCAUCAACAUUGCAAUCGAGAGCGUGCUCUUUGCUCGCUACCAGUUUCACCGCAAGAUGCAUCCAUCCCUCGACGACGAGUCCAAGUCGAGAGCGCUUCCCGUGUUCGUCAUCGUCUUUUCCAUCGCGCACAUCUACCAAUUCUUGCUCGCUGUCGACGCAGUGAUCAACAGGAACACUAUCUUGGUGAUCGGCGCCAUCAUCUUCAACGCGUGCUUCCUGGUCUACUCACUCAUUCAGAUCUCAGAAAUGCGCUCGGUUCUCGGUGACGGUGUCGCUGAAGGAUCUUCCCAGACGGUGCCCGUGCAGGUGCUGACGGGUGCCAUCCCCAUCGUGAUCGCCAUUGCCGAACUCUCCUUCGUGGGUCUGGGCUGGAAGCUCUGGAAAGAGUUUGGAUGGCAAAUCUACAAAAAGAUUGGCGCCGACCGCAGUCUCAAACGUUGCUACCUGCACUACCAGAUCUACGUAGCUCUGCUCAAGUUUGACUUCUUCAUCUUCAUCGCCUACUGCAUCCAGCUGGUUCUGGUGGUCAGGCAGAUCGGUUCGGCAGAACGAUGGAUCACCAUUAUCUCGGCGCCCUUUUCGCUGCUCAUCCUUCUGUUUGCGUGGUAUUCGGUACGCAAGGAGCUCAAGUAUGGCAUGCUACUCUUCUUGGUCGGCUUGACGGGAGCCAUGGUGUACUUUGUCUACAAGCUGUUCCGCAUCUGGCAGCUCAAGGAAACAUUAUACAAGGAGGUGUACAAGAGUUUGACGGUAUUCUCGACGCUCUCGAUGCUGUUACUACUCAUCACGGCGGUCAUGACCAUCCAGUGCAUGCUCAACUUUGACCGAGGCCUCAAGCAUGCCAUCUCGCGUCCUCGCAAAGAACGCGCAGCCGCAGCAGCUGGCGCCGACAACGGCUACUUGGUUGGCUACGACGGCAAAGCGCUCACGCAUCUGGGCGACGGCAGCACCAGCGUGCUCCACCUGCAACCGAGGCUGAGCUUAGACUAG